AUGUUUGCUUCAAAAGUUAACACCUUUUGUACUUCUAAAGUGUUAAGAAGGCUGUAUAACAAGUCCUUACUUCUAAAUAAUAGAGUAUCAACCUCGUCAAGAGCAUUCCAAGAAUUGACAAAGGAUGAAAAAGGAGAAAAAUUCCAUUUUCCAGGAACUAGAAAUAGCUAUUUUACGAGCAAAAUGCAAUUUAUUCAAAGCAUUGAUCCUAUACCAACAUAUCGAGUAAUGGAUGAAAAUGGAAAGGUUUUAGCUUCAGAUCAGGAGCCGUCUGUAUCAAAAGAAUUCGCCAUCAAAAUCUAUAAAGAUAUGCUUACAUUAGACACGAUGGAUCUUAUACUUUAUGAUGCUCAAAGACAAGGACGUAUUAGUUUUUAUUUGACGAAUUAUGGGGAAGAGGCAUAUAUUGGUAGUGCUGCAGGAUUAGAUAGCCAAGAUAUGAUUUUUGGACAAUAUCGUGAAUCAGGAGUGCUAUUAUAUAGAGGAUUUACGUUGGAACAAUUUAUGAAUCAAUGCUAUGGUAAUGAAAGGGAUUUAGGUAAAGGUAGGCAAAUGCCUGUACAUUAUGGAUCUAGAGAAUUAAAUUUUCAAACUAUUUCUUCACCACUUGCAACACAAAUUCCACAAGCAUCUGGAGCAGCUUAUGCAUUUAAAAGAGCUGGAAAAAAUAAUUGCGUUGUAUGUUACUUUGGUGAAGGUGCUGCCAGUGAAGGUGAUUUUCAUGCAGCAUUAAAUAUUGCAGCAACUUUGAAAUGCCCUGUUAUAUUUUUUUGUCGCAAUAAUGGAUUUGCAAUUUCAACACCAGUAUCAGAACAAUAUAAAGGAGAUGGUAUUGCAAGCCGAGGUAUUGGAUAUGGAAUUGAUACAAUUCGUGUUGAUGGAAAUGAUGUAUGGGCUGUUUACAAUGUUACGAAAGCAGCACGACGCUUAGCAAUUGAAGAACAUCGACCAGUUUUAAUUGAAGCUAUGUCAUAUAGGGUAGGGCAUCAUAGUACAUCGGAUGAUUCAACAGCAUAUCGUUCAAAAGAAGAAGUAGAAGGCUGGAAAAGGUUUGAUAAUCCAAUAGUCAGAUUUCGAAAAUGGCUUGAAAUCAAGGAAUGGUGGAAUAAUAAAGACGAUGAAGAAUUUCGACAAUAUAUUCGAAAAGAGAUUUUAAAAUCAUUUUCCAAGGCAGAAAAACUUCAAAAACCAUCAAUAACAGAAUUGUUUAGCGAUAUAUAUGAUAAACACACACAGAACAUUAUUAAUCAAAAACAAAAAUUAAAAGAAUUGAUUCAAAAAUAUCCAAAUAAUUAUCCAUUAAAAAAAUAUAAGAACGAAGGCAAAGAUUUAUAG